AUCAAAUUCAUCGAAUCCAGCUGAGUUCGAGAAGGAUUUCCAUCCAUGGCGUCACUGCAUGAUACCGAAACUAAAAAUCCUUCUCUUUACAGUCGAAAAGAGAAAUCUCUUGGCGUUUUAUGCUCCAAUUUUCUGAGGUUGUAUAAUCGAGAUGGUGUUGAAUCGAUUGGAUUAGACAACGCGGCAAGUCAAUUAGGUGUUGAGAGGCGGCGAAUUUACGACAUUGUUAACAUAUUAGAAAGUGUUGGGGUUUUGACAAGGAAAGCAAAGAAUCAGUAUACGUGGAAGGGUUUUAAUGCAAUUCCAUAUGCGUUGGAAGAGCUUAGGAAACAGGCAUCUAAUGAGAACUCCAGAGGCUCACAAUACUGCAGUUUUGGAACCGUUUUAAAUGAGAACGAUUGUCGUGGGCCUUCUAACUCAAACAACUCAAACACUGACAGACACACCAAAUCAUCAGGAUCUUCUAAAAGCGAGAAUAACAGGAAGGAAAAGUCACUAGGACUUCUGACUCAGAAUUUCAUCAAGCUAUUCAUCUCUUCUAAUGCAGACUUGAUCUCCUUGGACACUGCUGCAACAGCAUUGUUGGGUGACAUACACGACCCAACAGCCAUGAGAACAAAAGUCAGGCGUUUAUAUGACAUUGCAAAUGUUUUUUCAUCCAUGAAUCUCCUUGAGAAGAUGCGUCACCCUGAGAGUGGAAAACCAGCAUUUAGAUGGUUGGGAUUGAAAGGAGAUCCAAAGACUAAAUCCCAAACAUUGGAUACAAACAACUCAAAAAGGAGAGCUUUUGGAACAGAUAUCACAAACCAUGAUGAUUCAAAAAGACACAGGAUAGAUUCUUUUUCUGAUUGGAGUUCAAAAGAGGUGUCUGUGGCAAUGCAUAUGAAUCUUGACAGCGUGAAGGUUGAAUGUGAUGAGAACUUGACAAUGCCUCCUCAAUGCAACUCAAAGGAAUUCGUCUUUGGCCCGUUCACCCCCGCCACUGCACACAAGAUCGGACCCUCUGGAAACAAGAAGAUAAAGCAGGCUCAGGACUGGGAGAAUCUGGCUGAUACUUAUCGUCCUCAGUAUCGUAAUAAAGUUUUGGGAGACCUAUUUGGGCACUAUGCUGAGGCCUGGAAGUCAUGGUAUGCUGAAGCAGCUGAGAAGAAACAGGUACAACCAGUUUCAUAAAUCUUGAUCUGAUUUUUAACACUUAGGCAAAAAAAAUUGCUGGCUAUUUGGGUGUUGAAAACAGAUGUGUUGGGUGCAUAUACCCUUAAUGCACCAAUUUAGGUUUAGGUUUA